AUGGCCAUUUCAGAAGUUAAGCGCUUGGCACAGGCCCUCAGCCAGGAGUACAACGCGGCCAACCCCGACCUCGCAAAGUGCGGUCAGUUCCUUAGCCAGCUCAAGAUUGCCCUUAUUGAGCUUUCGUACUUGACACAUGAGGAGAGACCCAACAACAUCGAGGAGCUGACCUUGGCGCGCGAUGUCCUGGAGAUUGGAGCACAGUGGAGUAUCCGCACAAAGGACAUUCCUUCGUUCGAGAGAUACAUGGCGCAACUCCAGACCUACUACAACGAUCACAGUGCGUUGCCUGCUUCGCCUCUUAAAUACAACCUGAUUGGCCUCAACUUGCUUUGCCUCUUGUCCCAGAACAGGAUCUCGGACUUUCACACAGCAUUGGAGACGAUCGACCCUGAACAACUUCACAACAACCCUGCGAUCCAGCACCCCGUCAAGUUGGAGCAGUCGCUGAUGGAGGGCAGCUAUAACAGAGUCUGGAGCUCACGGUCCGAGGUCCCCUCGAAGGAGUACCUCUUCUUUAUCGAUAUCUUGAUGGACACCAUCAGGAAUGAGAUUGCAAGCUGCAGUGAAAAAGCAUACACUAGCCUGCCCCUGUCGGACGCAGGAACGCUCUUGUUCUUCACAAACAUGGAGGACAUCUUGAACUUUGCAAAGGAGCGCAACUGGAAGGUCAACCCUGUGGAGCAAAAGGCGUACUUCCACUCGGAUGCAGAUGAAAAGAUCAACAUUCCCGCGGACCAGAUCAUCAAGCAGACCAUGUUCUACGCCAGAGAUAUGGACCGCAUUGUCUAA